AUGCCCCGAUCAGGCGCCUCCACACCUCGUUCAACACCUUCGACCACUCGGCAAACCACCUUCACCCAUCCCAACAACGGAGGAACGGGACAUUCCACACCGACCGAAACGACGUCAUUGCUCGAUUCGGAAGAAGGUACCGUACGAGCUUCGCGAAGAACUUAUCGCAGUGAAGGGAUCGGUGGCGGUGGACCGGUUACGUUCGAAGGGUUGGAGGAUGAAGAGGAUGGGAGUGAUUUCCCUACUUUGCAUGCUGGGUUGUCGGGGAGGGAGGGUGGAGGGGGCUAUGGGACUAGCGGAGGCGGCAGUCAUGGACAGGGCAGAACAGCGGGUAAGUUUGCAUGGAUCAUGUGGCGAUGGAUCGAUGGCAGGAGCAGCUGAGAUUGUAUCCGUCGGGGGUGGAAUAGCCUUCGCUACCUUACCGACCAAACUAGCUCGCUCCGCUUCGGUCGCGAGGAAAGUCGAACGACGAGAACGGCGCAAGACCCAAUGGAAAGCGUGGAGCAACAGGGCGAGGUAUUACGUUCCCGUACGUGCACAACGACUCCAACUCCAUCUUUGUUUUGGUAUGCAAAGGCUGAGCAGUAGACGGUACAGGUCUUGGCGUGGUUGCCUGAUUAUUCGUUCAAGACAUUCACCGGCGACGUGACGGCGGCUUUUACGGUGAGCCACAAAACUGCAGGAUAUCCUCGGCUUCUUCAAGGAGCGAGACAGCUGACCAAUCUUACACGGGGGUACAGAUGACCUCAUUGAUAGUUCCUCAAUCCAUGUCGUACUCGAGUAAUCUGGUCAACAGUGAUCCGGUUAGGUGAGGUUGAACCUCCAUUCGCGCCAGAGGAGAGCGCGGCUGUGCUGACAUCCAUGUGGGGGUGUAUCGGAUCGUCCUUCUUACAGUGGGUUGUUGGGGGCUUCCAUACCACCCAUGAUAUGUGAGUCGGUAGCAUGAUCAGAUUCGUUGUCAUCUCCUCGACUAACACUCGCCAUCCGCCAGAUUCGGUCCUCGGCACCUGCCGUCAAUUAUCGGUCGGACCCGAAGCGGCGCUGUCCUUGAUCAUGGGCGAAUCGAUUUCCAAGAUCAUCGACGCCGAGACGCACGCCCAUGGUGGUAUGAGCAAUAGUGCAAAGAUGCAGUUGACAUUCACGAUUACUUCGGUCAUCGUCUUUCAGGCGGGCUUGAUCACGUUUGCGUGAGUACUUGCGAUGUGGAUGAAGUGGGAGGAAGUGGGCUGAUCUUGGGCUUGUCCGUUGGUAUGAAUAGGCUGGGGAUGCUGCGGUUAGGGUUCAUCGAUGCGGUUCUAUCACGGGUGAGUAUAGGGUUAAUGUGAGUUUAGCAUCCAGCUAACUCGCAUCGAUUCCGUCCUACUCAGGCCCUUCUCCGAGGCUUCAUCACCGCCGUCGGGAUCGUCAUCUUCGUCGCGCAACUCAUACCCAUUCUCGGCCUCGAGCGUCACACCAAAUACGGGGCCGAUACGACGCUGUCCAAAUUGAUGCUUGUGAUAAAGCACAUGGACAAGGCGCACAGGCUGACGUUGAUCGUUUCGUGCGUCGCGUUGCUUGUGCUUGUUUCGGCCAAGAGCUUCAAGGCGAGGUUAGCGAAGAGGAGAGGGUAUGGGUUCUUGGCUUAUGUGCCGGAGGUGUUGGUGGUAGUGAUACUUUCGACGGGUCAGUUACUCGUGUGGACCAAAUUUCGUCGCUAGCCCUGUACUGACGCGCAGUCCGCAUCCCAAAGUCUUCUCUGCUACUUUCGACUGGCAGGCCAAAGGUCUCUCCGUACUCGGCAAAGUCUCGAUUGGAGAUGUUCGGAUCCUCCUUCCGUUUAGCAGCAUCUUGGCGCGCAAGUACUCGUCGCAAUGCAUUGGAACGGCCAGUGUGCUCGCCAUACUGGGUUUCUUGGAUUCGAUCGUCGGUGCCAAGGACAGCGCGGCCAAGUUUGAUUACCCUAUUUCGUCAGUGCUAACCUCGAACAACAUUGUCUCUGGAUCUCGUUGCCAGCUGACAUUUUCGGCGAGUCUAAAUGCUGUCAGACCCAAUCGGGAACUCGUCGCUAUCGGAGCCGCCAACCUCGUCGCUUCGUUCGUCUCCGGCGCUCUACCAGGAUACGGAAGCAUUACACGCAGCCGACUAGCCGGAGCGACGGGGGCGACGACGCAGAUGACCUCUUUGUUGACGGGUGUCUUUGUGCUACUCGUUUCGUUCUUCUUACUCGGGUUCUUGUACGCUUUGCCCAAGUGUAUCUUGGCCGUCAUCAUUUGCGUCGUCGUCUUUUCGAUCCUUGCGGAGGCUCCUCAUGAUGUCAUGGUCAGUGUAUCCUACUCGGCGUCGUACCACUCCUAACAGGAUGCUCAUCCCAGUCUUGACUCCGUUUAACACAGUUCUUCUGGCGCAUGCGAGCUUGGCUCGACCUGAGCCUGAUGGCUAUGACUUUCUUCCUCUCCCUCUUCAUCAGCGUCGAAAUAGGCAUCAUAGUAUCCGUCGCGUUCUCCAUGCUCCUUUGCAUCAAACACUCCUCCGCCAUGCGUAUCAAAAUUCUCGGUCGAGUGCCCGGCACAUCCUUCUACGAACCUUUGGAAGACGAUGACGAUGAUGGACUUUUCCCGAGCGAAGAGAUUCCCGGAAUUUUGAUCGUGAGGUUCAGGGACGCGUCGUUGACGUUUGCGAAUGCGGGGGCGUUGAAGGAGAGGUUGAGGAGGUUGGAGAGGUACGGUCAGGGGAGGCAUCAUCCUUCCGAAACGCCGAGUAGGGCUGAGGCUUCGUCAGUUCUCUCUUCCGUGGUUUUACAUUAGGAACGAUUAUGCACUGAUCAUCUCGGUUAAACCUAAUGUACAGUGUCAUCAUAUUCCACCUCGUCGACGUCGAAGACAUCGACGCCUCCGCCCUUCAACUCAUCUACGAACUCGUCGAAGCCUACGUAUCCCGCUCCGUUCUCGUGUACUGGACCCAAAUACAACCCAUACCUUUGGCAAGGUUGAGGAAGGCGGGCGUAUUGGAAAUGUCGGGUGGGGAAGCGCACGUACAGCCGAAUGUACAGAUGGCGUUGCAGGUUUUGGAACAGAGCGUGAUUAGUGCGCAGACGUUUUAG